AUGGCCGGAAUACCGCCGACACACUCUACACCUCCGCCCGCUCCCACUCCCAAUAUACCCCUCGCAAGACCGACGCCAAAGCCGAAAACACAAAUACAAUAUCCGUUAUGGUUUGGUGGUUCGGCGUCAUGUAUGGCCGUGGCGAUUUCGCAUCCGCUUGAUCUUAUCAAGGUACGAUUGCAGAUGGAAGCUGCAGAGCGCAAGGGCGGGACUCUUGGGACAGCAAUCCGCAUUAUUCGGCAUGAGGGGGCGCGUGGGUUGUAUGCUGGUUUCUCCGCGGGGUUUAUGCGCCAGUUAACAUACGGCACAAUCCGGCUCGCCAGCUACGAAAAGCUCAAAGAGCGCCUUUCCUCACCAACUCCCACAGCUCUAACCCUCUCCGCCGCAGUAUCCGGCUUCAUAGGUGCAAUCCCCGGCAAUGCAAGCGACAUUGCCAACAUCCGGAUGCAAAACGACGCCUCGCUACCACCUGCCCAGCGGCGAAACUACAGACACAUCCUGCACGCGUGGAGCGUGAUGUACAAGACCGAAGGGCCGCUGUUCUUCACGCAGGGUAUGCUGCCGAAUUGUAUACGUUGCGGGCUUAUGACAGCAUGCCAGCUCGCCUCGUAUGAUUACUUCAAGAACCUGUUUGGGCGGGUGAGUGGGUUGCAGGCAGAGACCAGCAGUGUUGUGCAUCUGGGGAGUUCGGUGAUGGCGGCGUUUGUAGCGACGAGUGUUUGCAGUCCGAUUGACGUGGUCAAGACGCAGCUUAUGGGGCUGGGGUCUGGGAAGAGGUCGGUUGUUAGGGUUGUUGGGGAGAUGACAAGGGCCGAGGGGGUGAGGUGGGUGUUUAGAGGGUGGGUGCCGAGUUUUGUGCGUCUGGGGCCGCAGACUGUCGCGACAUUGGUGUUGUUGGAGCAGCAUAAGAAGGUUUAUCGGGGGUUGUUGGGUAUGCAAGAUAUAUAG